UGGCGUAUGAACGUUGGCGGUUACGCUUCUGGGUGGUUCUACCGCAGAUAAAUCCAGUUCCAUGAUUUCGUGAAUCGCGUGCCCGGUUGAGUAUCGAUCAUCCUCAGAGAGACGGGCUUCUAUUUUCGUCAAGAGGCUUCCGAGUCGAUCAAAAGCGGAGGAACCGGCACGCGAUAAACACAGGAUUAUAUAGUUUCCGUUACGAAACUGGGCCAGAUAUCAAGUGUAUAAUUAUACCGGCUUCUUUUUCCGACGUAGGCACGUAUAAUACACAGCAUGCCCACCACUCACUCUCAAGAUAGGCGCACCUUCGGGUUCUUCGCAGAGAGCGGACGUCAAAAGAUAAAAGCAGUUUCCGAGCCUCCCUAUCUCGGAAAUCAGGUCCAAUUUACUUAGCCUUACGGAAUACCAACGUGAUUUCAUUAUUAUCAAGCAGUACGUGAGGAGGCAGGUAUUCACGAUCUUGACGAUCGCAGAGAACUUAUUGAUCUCGUCCACUACAUUACAACCAUGGCCUGACUCUCUGGCUCACUCUCCCCACCUUUAUCAAUGAUCGAGCUACUCGGCAUGACUCACUCUGAUAAGGAGCUUAUCAGUCCGGCUUGGGCAGACAUUCUGCAGUGAGUGUUUCACCGUAAACGAAGCGCACCUCCGUAAAUUCUCUCUACGGAAAACCAACCGCGCGUUUUACUUCUUAAAUCUGUCACUCUUCAAUCACGCUUCGCCAGAUCCUUUCUUAUUUUUGGAAGAUUGAACCUGACGGCAGAUUCCACCUAUUUCCACCUCGAUUCUACUUUCGCCGGUAGCCCCAGAAACUUGUUCUUGAGAUUAAGGCUUAGCAUGAUGUCAACGAUGGUUCAUACAGCAUCCAGCUGAAGGGAUGGGACGGUGAGUCGAGGGGUCGUGCGCUUCAAGUCAUCCGGGAGGUUGGUAUAUGUAUAGCUCGGUGAGCUAUAACCGUAAUUCCUGCAUGGUGCGAGGGAUAUCCUGAGGUAUACGAGGGAGGAAAGAGAUGGGAGCUGGAAUGGGAAGGAGUGGUACAAGCGGGGGAGGACUUCUAGAGGCUCUGCCGACUGGGACGCCUCUUCACGUCGCAAUGCUCGGCCUCGACAGUGCGGGUAAGACGACUGCCCUUUACCGGCUCAAGUUUGAUCAGUACCUCAACACUGUGCCCACCAUCGGCUUCAACUGUGAACGAAUAAGGGGCGGAAGUGGCAAGGCCAAAGGAGUCAACUUUCUGGUAUGGGACGUUGGUGGGCAGGAGAAGCUGCGACCGUUGUGGAAGUCGUACACCCGAUGCACGGACGGCAUCAUAUUCGUCGUGGAUUCCUGCGACGCCGAGAGGCUUGAAGAGGCAAAAAUGGAGCUAACGCGGACAGCCAGAAGCCCGGACAACGUUGGGGUCCCGAUCCUGAUUCUCGCAAACAAGCAAGACCUGCCUGGAGCAAAGGAGGUUGGCGAGUUGGAGAAGCAGCUUGGAGUGCUGGAGCUGACGGGAAUGCCGGGAAGUUCGUGCAUCCGAGUGCAGCCGGCGUGCGCGAUAACCGGUGAAGGUCUGCACGAGGGUCUGGACACGCUUUACCAGCUGAUACUGAAGCGGAGGAAGCUGGCGAAGCUGAAUCGGAAGAGAGCGAGGUAGGCCCGGGUUUCAGAGGACUGCACAUGCGUCUUCUGAUAUUGUUCCCAGCCACCGUCGCCAGGCCUGGCGUCGACGCCAUCCUCGGUGUCGUCCGACGGCGACCCGGUGGUUAUUUUUACAGACCAACCCUCCGCCGAACGGCCAAUGGACGGAUCGAACCCUGGAGCCCAUCGACGGGGCAACGAGAGGAGCUUCGAACCGGAAGAAGAGUCCUCUUGUGGAGUUUAAGGAGCUUUGGAGUCGCGAAAAUGACCUUGCAUCAGAUCGGAUGUCGAGUUUUCAGUCCCCUUCCCCCAAUGUCCAUUUUCCUGUGGAUGUGAAGAGGAAAAGUGAACGGCUAUUUGUGCGAUUUUCUCACGUGCCGAUAAUUUUUGCGACCGCAAUUGAAACGGAGAGGGAAAGUGCACCUGUAACGGAUUUUCGCCUGGUACCGGAAGUCCGUUCAGUGUAUCGGAAGGUAACGCGAUACCCGGGUAACCGGUGGGAACUGCAUGUGCCUACUGCGGCGAUAUAUGGAUAUCAUAUUUCAAAACUGUGCAGCCUGAGAAAUCGACACGUGUGUAUGUAACGCUAAAUAUGUAUCUCGGGUUUCAAAAGUGAUUAUUAAAGAACUUACAUGUGUAAUCCGCUGGACAGAAAAUACACGCAGAGCCUCGACCUCGGCUCUUCAUAAUACAACGAUAACAACUCAAUUUGACGAAUGGUUGUUAUUGACUGAUGAUAUUGCAAAUAUUUGGAGAAUUGUGAAAAAUUGAAAAAAAAUACGAUCAUAUUUUAUAAUGAGUGACGAUGCUAGUCGAUGAACUGGGAGUUAUUUGGAGAUUUGAAGAAUCGUGUAAACUGUACUGAGAAGUCUGAUGCCGUUGGAAGAAAAAUCAGCGAAACUUGAUUGUUACGAUAACAUUAAUCACAACAAGCCAUGCGUAUAAAUUUACUUGUAAAUAGGCACACGUUGGAUAUGAGAAGUAUCGUCUCAUGCACGCGAAGGAUAACGUAUUUGUAACUGUACAACGUGCAUGCAGAUUGAUAUUACAACGGUCACGUAGAAGCAAGCCUGGUGGAUCAUUGUUUUGCUGUUAUACAAAAAUCGAGAUUACGUAUAGCUGUAAUUAAUGUAUAUUGAAGUCGGAUGUUUUAUAACUGUGUAAAAUUAUUAAAUAUAUAUUAUACAUACAUACAUUGUAUACAUUAGGUAUCAAAGCAGCGGAUUAUUUGUUGAGAAUACUAACGACAAUUACAUAUAUACAUAUAUUAUAUGUCUUGUUUAUGGAUUUAGAUAAAUAAUUGUAUAUUUAAAUUCUUGAUUUCCGGCUCGUAUCAGAGCAACGUUACGAAGGAUCCGGUGUAUGUUCAACGAUAGUUAUUGUGUUUGUAGAAAUAAGAGCCGUUGUUUGUUUAUUAUCCGUUUCCAAUUAAUAUACGUAUCAACUAUUAUUCCUCAAAAUUCUAUCGUACGCUGAACGUGUACUGUAAAUGAGAAUAUGACGGAUGUGAAAAUUUCCGGACAAUUUAGGGAGCCAAUUUUCAAACUCACCACCCAACAUUAUGUUUUCUUUACUUCAAUUUUGUAAUUCUCUUUAUCACGUCAAAUUCGAAUAAUAUAUAAUCGUUUUGUGGCGAGGAAUAGCAAUCCUUUUUCUCUGUUCGAUUCUGCUCAAAGUUUACACUGAACUUUCUCGGUGCAACAAUAAAAAUAAUGAAAAUAAUAUACUUGAUAACUCGACGAAUUUGAUUAAUAAUUAAAUAACUGAACACGUCGGUGAGUUUAAAAAUUUUAGGUAUACCUAUCUAGAUUUUGACCUGGAAGCUUCUCACAGACAUAACAAUUAUUUCUCUACAUAAUAAUUAUCCUUGUUGUGUUUAUUGUACUAUUCAAUAUUUUAUCUUGCGCUUCGAUUUAUCGAUUCUACCUAUAAUAAUAUAAAAUGACUAUUUAUAUACAUUGCAAUGUAAGAAAAAUAUGCGUUAUAUACACAAUGAAUUCGUAAAUGCGCGACAUCAGCGACUAAUUAUACAAUUAUAACUAUACAUAUAAUAUCAGCGUAAUAUUAUAUACAAAAUACAAUCAUUGUUAUGCCGUAUAUAAUAUAAUGUUUGUAUGACUGGCGUUUCCGUAAAUACGAAACCAUGCCUAUUAGCGUCACAAAUAGAUCAUAUGUUAUACAAUAGAUAUUAUCAAACGUAUAUACGAAUAUCCAUAAGGUGAAACCUGCCUCACCCUCUGCUACGUCAUAGAUGUACCUUAAACAUACCUCUAAAUCGAUCACCUAGCUAUAAUAUACAUACAACUAUUUCUAACGAUAACGAUCAAUUUUUUAUUGCAUAUCUCUGUAAGUAAUUAUAAUUAUAUUCGUAUAAUGUGAGUGUACAUAUAUAUUGGAUAAUUAUAAUUACUGUAUAAUGCAUAUGGUAUACAACUCAUUCUUAGCUGUCAAAUUGAAGGUUUGUAAGUAAAAUAUUUAGCAUCAUUUUCCUCAUCGUCACGCAUAUAAUAAUAUUAUAACACACGCAUAAGAUACACGUAGAGUAAUAUUGGUAAACUCACAAUCUUCUCGUACGAAGCACACACGCAAUAUACAUACGACACAUACCUAUAGCUGUCAUUUGUAACGAUAAUAAUAUUACCAUAAUGUUAUUAUAAAGUCAUAAUUGUUACGUUCUAAA